AUGAAAUAGAUCCGAUAGAAGUAUCAAUUGGAUAAGUCGUUGAGAAAGUAAUAGACUUAUCAGUCUUCAAAUGACCUAGAUAGUGGUUCAAGAGUUUCAGGUAACAUGUAUUUUACGAUAACCUCAAAUAAGAUUACUGUCAACGCAACUAUUUCACCUCCUUAUCCAGGUUAUAGAGUUUUGAAAAUCUCAAAUGUUUGUACAAUAUCAGGCAAAUGCAUUGAUGUAGCAGUACCAUUGAUAAUAUGGCCAAGUAUACAAACUCAAGAUGCUCCAAAAACACCUCCUUAAUAAUUGUGCUCUUCUACUUAAAACUAUCCAAAAGUAUUAGGACAUCCAAGCUAUGCAUCAUUCCAUACGGGAGCAGAUGUUGAUUAGGAUAAUGGAAAUUUUAUUGCAUGUGGAGGUCUCGUUGACGGAAUGGAUUAUAAUACAAAUUAAUAUGGAAAUUUUGGGAAAGCUUAAGGAUUUAUACUUAUGUCUGAUAUCAAUGGCAGAAUAUAUUGGUUUUACUCCUCAACCCUAAGCUAUGCUGUUGAUAGAUAAUUUUUUACUUCAUGUGCUUUUAGUUAAGACAAGUAUAUUUACAGUAUUUUCCUUAAUAUUAAUAACAACAAUAUUGGGUUAAUUAAACAAACUUACGAAAAAGGAAAAAUAUAAUACAUAAAGGUUGUAAAGGGACUUUAUUACUCAGAAGAAAUGGCAGUAAGGAUAUUUACAGAUAAAUACGAUGCAAGAAAUAUCUUUAUGAUGGGCCAAAGGUACGACAAUGGUAACGUUGCGAAUUACAUUAUGAAGAUUGAUGUUUCAUAGUAAGUGCCUCUGCAUGUAUGGUCUAGUGACUAGAGUUUUAGUGGUUAUACAAUAUAUCACAAAACUCGAACAAUCUUGCCUCAUAAAGACCAUAUCUAUUCAAUGGGUACAAUUAUUCCCAAUAACUGGUACUUUUAACUUACCAAAUAGGAUAAAUAAACAGGUUAAGCUCUUAAAAUGAGACAUUUCUUGAAUUGGUAUUUAAGUGAUUUAAUGUAGAUCCAAUUACUUAUUGAUGAAAAUACUCUUUAUGUUUAGUCUUCUGAUCAAAUAGUUUCUCCAAAUUAAACAAACUAUCUUAGAACAUAUGAUUUAAAUCUUAUGUCCUCUAAUAUUCAAUCAUUUUACAUUGAUGUUAAAGAUAAAAAUCUUGAUUCUCCAGAAUCGUGUAUGGCUUUCCAAGAUGUUGAGAUUACUUAUACUUACAGUAAUCCAAAUCAAGACUAUUCAAAUCUAGUUACCCAAAAUAUUUGGCCUGGAGAUUUUAGAUUUACCCCUUAUUAUGGGUUAUAUAUAGAGAGUAAGCAAUAUCCUACAGAAGUUUAAUUCUAGUCUGCUUUAUACCUUGGUUGUAUUGGUUUAAUUCCUCAAUUUGAUAAGCCUCUUGAGAAUUAAAUAAUUACUCUCCCGUCUGAUCCAGUUGAAUACACAUUUAAUUGGCCAAAUGAUUGCAAUCAAAACUAGCUUACGUUUACUUGGAAUGUGGAUAGAAUGACUAAUGCUCCAAGCUUCAUUAAAGUUUCUAAUACAUCAUCAUCUGUCACAUUAAAUUUAUCCCCAACUACAAAGAAUGUAGGAACAUAUUCUCUUAGGUUCAGAUUUUCUAUUAUUGGAAAGCCUACAAUAUAUGCUGAUGGAGUCAUUAUUGUUGAAGUAUAUCCUUAGAUAGAAUAUGGAUAAGAAUUAUCAACUGAGUAAUGUGCAACAAGAGUUACACCUGCUAUAUUCGAGAAAUCCUCAUCUUAUUUUUUAUACACAGAUAUGGACUAAACAGGUGACUUCCUUUUAACUUGUGGGGUAACAAAAGAUUCAGACUUGACAUACAUUAACACCUAUUAUAAUUCAUUCAUCUCUGUUUACUAUAGAUUCAUUGCACUUAAAUUUCAUUUAACUUUUGAAGCUAGCUAAUUUGACAUCUAAGGAACCAUUUGUAAAUUUGGUUAUAAAGAUUUGAUUUACAGCAUUCAUUAGAAUUACUAUUCAGCAUCUUAAACUGAUACUUUAAUGCUUUUCUAACAUGAAAAUAACGGCAGAUUUUUUAACUCGUCUAGCAUAAGAAUCUACAAAAAAAUUCUGAAAGCUGAUUACAUGUGGAUUGAUCCAGAUAAUGGUGAUUAGUAUAUAUCUGGGAGAACGCUGUAUUAGCCAAAUCACUAUAACACAUUGGCUGCUUUCAUUCUUAGAAUAAAGCAUGAUUAUUCUUAUGUAUUCUUCAAAUCUUAUCAAACCUAUGAAGAACUUGAAGCUAGAAUGUUUUAAGUAGAUACAACAAAUAACUUUAUCUACUGGUUUUCAAAGCAUUAGCAAGAUGAUGGUUCAUACAUAUGGGGAAGAAGACUUUAUGCUUCAAAUAAUUACAUGUAAAGAGAUAGCGAUAAUAAAAAUCAACUUUCAAGUUUGCUAUUAAGUUAAAAAUACUUAUACACAUGCCUUCCAUACAAUCAUAAUUCUAAUGAAGAUUAUGCUGAACUUCAUCUUACUCAACAUAGAGUUUCUGAUGGAAUUAAGCUCUAAUCUAUACAAUAUUCAAUAAGUUGGACACCAACUACUUGCAUAAUUUACUUAUAAAAGUCAAAAAAUCUUAUUUAUCUGUUAUAUGGAGCUUUUGGAUUCAAUUCCCACAUUGCAGUAGCAGAUAUUACAAAUGAAAAUGCAAUGGCAUUUAAAUACGUUUAGAUGAAAGUUUCAACAGCAGUAAUAGUUCCUCUAUAAAUGAUGUUUGAAGUAGGAAAUGUGUUAUGGUAUGCAGUUUUUCGAGGAUCUUUACCUAAUAUAUUAAGGAUUGGGAAAUUCAUAAAUUUCUAAACUUUUGAAUGGGAUGAACCAUGUUUAUUCUUCGAAAGUCCUAUUAAUUAUUUUGCAUCUAGAUAAUUGCCAUAUGGCCCUGAUGGAGAUUAAAGUGUAUAUUGGUCAAAUCUUGAUAUGUUCUUCGAAUAAGAUAUUACUAAAGAACGCUAUGAUGCAUAUUCUUCCUUCGAUUUGGAUUUUCGAGUUAUGCAAUACAAUAAUAGAACAGCUAAUCUUAGAAUGAAAUCAGAAGAUUGCAAUAUUUUUUCAAAUCCUGGGUUGGUCAAAAUAUCUGAUAGAUUGGGAGAGCCAUUUACUGCAAUCUCUGGUGGAUUUCCAGUUGAAGUAAUUAAGAAUAGUCCUCCAAAACCUAAAGAUUAUAUAAAAAGUGCCACACUUUAUGCUCAUCAUAGCCAAACAUGGCAAGUAUAUCUUGACUAUGACUUAGAAUUUGAUGAAGCUAAAUUUAGUGUCUCCUUGCUAAGCAGUACUAAUGCAACUAUUACUGCAACUUGGCUUGAUAUCUCAUAUUCUGACAAUCAAGGCAUUGAGUUUUCAAUAUUAAACCCUCCUCAGCCACCUACAGGUUUAAACUUGUCCCAAUAUUACAUAAGAGUAAAUGUAUCUGAUUAAUUCUCUAGAUUGACGCCAAAUCUAACAUUUAUUGAUUUGAAAAUUCUUAGAAACUUUUCGCCUUUCCUUUCACCUCUAGUGAAUUAGACUAUCUAAUCAAUUUACAUAACUAAAUCCUUUUCUUACACUUUAUGGUACUAGAAUUUUACAGAUAAUGAAAAUGAUUAAGUAAUUAUUGAUUGCUAAGUAUAUACAACAGCCUUAAAUAAAGAUUGGAUAUCUAUAGAAGUAAAUAAAACCAUGCCAGGAAACAUUACUUUCUUUGGCCAAACACCAAGGGAUAAUAGAUUUGUUGGAAUUUAUACUUUUAAGUGUAGUGCUGCUGAUUAAUAUGAUGGAGCAUUAAAUAUCUUUAAUUUCACUCUGAAUGUCCAGGCUAAAUAGUAGAUAGUUAUUUUAUAAUCAUAGCAUAAUGUAUCAUUCAGACUGCCAGCAACUAAAAAUUUGACAUUCUUAAAUUUUAGUUAAGACCCUUUAAAUGAACCUAACUACUAUUCAUUGCUUGUUAAUAAUACUGCAUACAACAAUAUAUCGCUACCCUGGCUUUACUGGAAUAAUGAGACUUUGGAAAUAUUUGCACAUCCUUUUUCUAAUAGUUAAGGAGGAAAUCAUUCGAUCUCAAUUAAAUUUGAAGACUAUAUAUCUUAGUCUAUCUUUUUAAACUUUACUCUAGAAGUAAUUUAAAACUAGCCAUUGGUUCCAGCCAAAUAACUUAACGAAAUAAUGGUAAUAGCAAAUACUUGGUUCUAUUAUGACUUUGUAAAAACAUAAAUAUUUAUAAACCCAGAAGGAUAAUUCUCUUCCCUAUUUUAUUUCGAAAAACUUUUCAAAUGGAACAAUCGGUGGAUUUACUUCGGACGAAAAUAUUGGAAAACAUAAUAUAGAGUGCGUUGGAAUAGAUGA